GGUCCGCGGGGCGGGGGAGGCUGGCUUCGCGCUGGGCCCGCGGGCGGCGCGCGUCAGAGCGCGGCGGGCCGGCGAGGCCGCGGCAUGGGGCGGGUGCAGCUCUUCGAGAUCCGCCUGAGCCACGGCCGCGUAGUCUACAGCCCCGGGGAGCCGCUGGCCGGGACCGUGCGCGUGCGCCUGGGGGCGCCGCUGCCCUUCCGAGCCAUCCGGGUGACCUGUACCGGUUCCUGCGGGGUGUCCAACAAGGCCAAUGAUGCUGCCUGGGUGGUGGAGGAGGGCUACUUCAGCAGCUCCCUGUCGCUGGCCGACAAGGGGAGCCUGCCCGCUGGAGAACACAGCUUCCCCUUCCAGUUCCUGCUUCCUGCCACAGCACCUACCUCCUUUGAGGGGCCUUUUGGAAAGAUCGUGCACCAGGUGAGGGCCACGAUCGACACGCCACGUUUUUCCAAGGAUCACAAGUGCAGCCGAGUGUUCUAUAUCUUGAGCCCCCUCAAUCUGAACAGCAUCCCAGACAUCGAGCAACCCAAUGUGGCCUCUGCCACAAAGAAGUUCUCCUACAAGCUGGUGAAGACAGGCAGCGUGGUCCUCACAGCCAGCACCGACCUCCGCGGCUACGUGGUGGGGCAGGUGCUGCGGCUGCGCGCUGACAUCGAGAACCAGUCGGGCAAAGAUACCGGCCCCGUGGUGGCCAGUCUGCUGCAGAAAGUGUCCUAUAAGGCCAAACGCUGGAUCUACGAUUUGCGGACCAUCGCGGAGGUGGAGGGUGCAGGUGUCAAGGCCUGGAGGCGGGCGCAGUGGUGGGAGCAGAUCCUGGUGCCGGCCUUGCCCCAGUCAGCCCUGCCGGGCUGCAGCCUCAUCCACAUUGACUACUUCCUGCAGGUCUCCCUGAAGGCGCCUGAAGCCACUGUGACCCUCCCGGUCUUCAUUGGCAAUAUUGCUGUGAACCAUGCCCCGCUGAGCCCCUUGCCAGGCCCGGGGCCGCCUCCUGGGGCCCUGUCCCCAGCGGUGCCUUCUGCGCCGCCCCAGGAGGAGGCUGAGGCUGUGGCGGCUGGCCCCCACUUCUUGGACCCGGUCUCCCUCUCCACCAAGAGCCACUCGCAGCAGCAGCUGCCGCCUGCCACCCUGGCUUCUGUGCCUGGCGCCUCUGAGCCCCGUCCUCGGGAUGGCAGCCCCGCCCCCCACCCGCUGCCCCCUCCCCUGUGCAUCUCCACAGGUGCCACUGUCCCCUACUUUGCAGAGGGCUCCGGGGAAGCGGUGCCCACCACCAGCACCUUGGUCCUCCCCCCGGAGUACAGCACGUGGGGCUACCCUGAUGAGGCCCCACCGUCCUAUGAGCAGAGCUGUGGCAGUGCUGACCCUGGCCUGACCCCUGGGAGCUGACACCUGGCCUGAUGCCUCAGGAGCUGACCCCCAGGAGCUGACCCUCAGGAGCUGACCCCUGGGCACUGACUCCAUGCUGCCUUCUCUGGGUGGGCCUGGCCUCUGCUCUGGGACUGGGGCGCCCAGGGCCUCGUGCCUUCACUCCCAGCCUGCCCUGGAGCACUCAGGACCUGCCCAGCCUCUGCCAGCGCCCUGGAGUUGGCCCUCCUUUCCCUGGGCUGGGCAGGGCGGGGGUGGCAGGGAGCUGGACCUGGAGAGACUACUCAGUAAAUAAAGGC